AAUGGCGUCUUCAGACUAUAGUAUGGAAGCAGAGAAACACUUGGAACACACAGAAAUACACGAGAUGGGGAAUGAACACGGCAAACUGACGAAGAGUGCUGAGGGCGAUAGCAUCACAGCUACGGUGGAAACAGCGGAGGAGAGACUGAACGUCAAGAGUGGCGAAACAUCUCAGCCUGAGCGGGUUGCUGCAGAAAUCGUCCGCGAAAGUGAAGAUGCGAAGAAUCAGGUACCGGACACUCAUGUUGUUUCUGAUAUGGAAAUGAAUGGGGCAAACACUAGUUCUACUCAAACGACCCGCGAAUGCGAGGGUAAUGUAUCAGAAGCGAGAGAAAGAACCAUUGAUAGAGAGAUAGUGGACGAAAAAGCGGGUGCGGACGAGACUGUUGAGAAAAAGAACGAUAGUGAACAGGAAGGUACUGUGGGUACAAAACGGGACAUGUCCGGGGGGGGUGACCCAGAGGUACUAUCUUCCGAUGGUGCAAAGGAGAGCGCUGAAGGUGGCGAGGUAGCGCAGACCAUAGAGAGCAUUGAAGAGGGUAUCAGGCAAAUUCAGUUAGAAAGUACGGAAGUUGCAGAUGAUUUGGAGACAAUGGGAAGGGUGGUGGAAAAUGACGUAGAGAGAGACGAAGCGCAGGUACGCAAGGAGAAGGAAGUACAGGCACACGCAGAAGCAGAGGCACAGACCAAAGCCCAUGUACAAGCGGAGAGGGAAAAGGCUAAACGGGGCAAGGGUGCGAAGAAUAGCAAACAGCCGAAGGCAGGCAAGGAAAAAGAUCGGAAGAAUGGCAGGGAGAGGGAAAAUAAUAGGGAUGGUGGAGACAGAGAGCCCAAUAGAGAUACGUACAGGGACGACCGGGACGGUUACAGUCGGAGGUCUGACUCGGGCAGGGACACACACAGAGAAGGAGAUAGAGAUAGAGAUAGGAUGAUGGAUGAGCGCGACACUUACAGUCGGCGGUCGGGUGGUGCAGCCAACUUCCAUGGCCGAGGACCGCAAGGUGUUAGUCGCGGCUACGGGAAUAACAGCAAUGCACGGGAUGCACCUCAUUCCGGAGGACACGCCUCUGGGAGUGAUAGGGAUCGAUAUACUCAGGCUAGUAGGCGUGGUGAAAACAAACGCAGACACGACCCUCCUAUAGAAGUGCAUGGGCCUCGCGUGGAGUCUUCGGCUGAGAAAGCAAGACUGGAUGCGAAGAUUGAGGAAAUUAGACUGCGGAACAAGCAGGAGAAGCUAAGGCUGGCUGAGAUCGCGCAGGACAAAGAGAGAGCGUUGGAGCGGGAGAAGGCUGCUAGCGAACGAUUGGCUCAGGAGCAACGACGGCUGGAUAAAGAACGCGCACACACCAAGGGUAACGAUUUCGGCUGGGGCGAAGAUUCUUCUCGAGGAUGGGGCGAGAGCCGCCGAGGUAGCCAUGGCAACCAGAACAACAGACACUACAAUGAUGAUAGAGAUAGCUAUCAUAGAGACAACCGUGAUGGCGACAGAGGAAUGGAUGAUCGAUACAGGGGCCGUAGGCGUAGAGGGGAGGAUGAUAGGGGUGGCAGGGGUGGCCGGGAGAGUCAGUUGAGCGCGAAGAGCAGGCGCGAAGAAGCGGGAAAGCGAGCGGCCGAGGAGAAUCGCUGGAGAGAGGAGCGUCGGCUGGUGGAUGAGAGCCGAGUUCAACGGGCGAUGACUCUGACCGACAACGGGGAGACUGUGUGGCGCCGUGCGUGGGACAAGGAAAAAACAAGCGACAACCGCGAAGGUGUCAGAGCUGGAGGUGUGCGAUUGCCUCCGCGAGAGUCGCGUCAACGUCCGUUGCACAUUGAAGAAAUGCAGAGCUUCCGUGAGAAAGAUACCAGGACACCAUCGCCCGAUCACACACGCAAUGAGUAUUCCGGCGAUGACGUUGAGUAUCGAGAGGGAGAAGGUGAUGGCAGGCACACAGACAGUAGCAGUAAGCGCUCAUCAGCGCACGAAACUCGGGAGGAUGAAGAUGGCAGAGAUAGGCACGAAAAAACGUUCGAUGAUAGUACACGUGACAGAUCAGAGGGGCUGUAUGAGGAUAGGCGAGAUGCGAAUGACAGGGAAGUGAAUACUCGCAGAGAAGCAGCCUAUAGGGAUGCUAGAGAGAGUGAUAAGAGUGAUGAGGAUGGAGAGGAUGAUUGGGGUAGAAAGGUGUAUAGAGAGAAUUCAAGGGACUGGUCCAUAGAUGAGAAUAGAGACGAGAUUGGGCAGAGGCGGCAAGACAAGGACACGGGCGAUGGAGAUUGGGGAGGCAGUGUGUAUCAGGAGAGAGUGGUGGGCAUGAACAAGGGCAGAGGCAGUGCUGCGGCAAAGGAACCCCGAUAUCAAAGGAAUUACGAGACAAAACGAGACAAUCGGGAUUACGAAGCGAAACACGAGUAUCGAGGAAGAGAGGACCAAUCGAGAUACGCAAAAGGGGGAAAUCAAUCAACGAGAGAUGGGCAAAGUGAUGGGGACAGACAGGACAGGAGAGACUCGCCGCCGCAUGAAAAAUACGCCAAUUGGGGAGAUGUCACGGACUAAUAGUAGUUGAGCUGGGUCUAAUAUUGGUUGUGUGACGGAUGAGUGGUGGUGAGAUAUCAUUCCCUUGAAAUCGAUCUCUGCUGUGAGAGGAAAAAAAAGGUCUGUGACCUAGUUAUUCUUCCCUGCUAGAUCUCUCUAUCUGUCGUCCCUUUCUGACGACUCUUGAUUGUGGAGGACGGCAAAAUUUCCCAACAACACCGCCUCUGGUAACUACAAGAUCAGGCACACUAAUAGCCACGACAGUGGCACUGGCAACAUCGCAUGUAAGGUACCGGAAAAGAGUCCAGUCGCAAGAUGUGAGCACAUUGAUACAGAUGUGCGGACGGUGAGAAUGCUCGGAUAUCAUCGCAGUCGCAUUUAGCCACGACAUGUAGCACAUAGCAACAGCGAUGGACUGGUAAAGAGUAGUGGAUGGAGUGGUGAGAUGAGUGGACAUGCUAUUCGAGAAAUCACCGGGUGUGAUGGUUGGUGAGUCCAGGGCCGGCAGGGAAUAUGAGUUGUUCAAUGUGGGAGCGUAUUGCGCAAUGCAUAGAAGUAUAAAAAUCAAUUUCAUAUGAGAGCGUUAGGCUGGUGGGCAGAGGAAGGGUGUCUAUGUGUCCUAAAAUGAGGUGAUAUCUUUUAACGAUCCGGUGCCAAAUAUAUGCAGCAAUGCUUCUGCGACUCUAUCGGGUAUUUGAGUAGGUACACCUCGCAGUUGAGCAUAGUGUCUGCACCACCAGAAAACACUAUAGUGAUGGUGUUUGACCGAAAGCAAAGAAACUUCGCCGUAGCUGUGGUUAUGGUUUUUAACUGAAUUUUAAAAUUCUCGGAAUGCAUCUGGAAUAUGCCAUACUCGAAAGUCGUGGCAAAGACGGCACAGUGAUACACUACAGUUGAAGGUACGAAGGUCCUGUGAACCCCUAUUAGAAAGUAGCCAGAAGGAACCAUAGUCACCUAUCAUGGCCAUAUGACGAAGGUCUUUCCUGCGGGGCAGCACAUGAUAUGAGAAUACAUUGCACUAUGAUGUUGGUAAGUACUCUUGACGAAUAAGCAAGAAUGAUCACAGCUGAGUAUGUAGUUGUGCUCACUAGGAAAAAAAAUCUAGCUUGCUGAUCAUGGAGCGCGCGGAGACUUCAGUUAAGCUUCCUGUCAGUGCACUAGUGAUUUUGGUGGGCGAACCACCUAAGGGUAUUUUGACUGAUUUGGUAUCGGUAUAGCCGGGAGACGAUUCUGUGACUACAUUGAACUAAUCGUUAGACAAGGCCAAUUCAGUAUAUGAUGUAUAAGACUGUAGAGAUUCUACAGAUACGGGAGAGUAUGGUGAUAUGACCUACUAGUCUGUGGGGACGCAUCUGUGAAGUAGAGUUCUGGCUUCUGUUCAGACGCUGCGAAUAGUUUGAUGAUUUGAGCUGUAGCCACACUUAAAGAUUACAUUCAAAAACUCAGUU